AUGGUCGCCCCACGCAAAGCCGCGCUCGCGGAGGAGAGCGCCGAGGUCGAAGUCUUGUUCGCAAACAUGGACAAGAUGAAGACGCUCACGAAAAAGAUCCAGGCCAGCGUCAACAGACUGGAUGCCAGCGGGAAGGCAGUCCAGGAGGCGAUCAGCCCGAUAUACGGCAACACCCAGAAGCUGCAGAUCGCCAAUACGAACAUUGACAGGGUCAUCGAGGCAAUCGAGAGGCUUAGAGCCCCGCGCGAGCAGACGGAUCGCGAGGAACGCGUUAUUCGCGCGGGGCCUGGCAGAGGAGACCUCCGCGACUACAUUGCUUCGCUGGACCGCACUGCAAUUGCGCUCACAGACCUCAAGCGCACCAAUCUCCGAUCCAACGAGAAGGCUGUGGCGCAGCUCGCUGGGCUCCUCAAGCUGGGCAACAAGCAGCUGGAGGAUGUGUUCCGAGGCAUACUGAACGACUGCUCUCGCGAGAAGGUGCAGCCGCUGGAAUAUGUUGCUAAGAACAACCCUUUCCCUCUCGUUGCCCCAGAGAAGCUCUCGACCCUGCGCGCAAUCAACGCCCACAUCUCCAAGUCAUUCGGCCAGCUAUCGCAAACAGACGUCUCGCAGACACCGACUCAGCGGAUAUAUGCAGAUGUCCGCGGCGGAUACCUCGAAAGCUCUCUCGCCAGCCUCGCACAAGCGUCCAUUAGCACGGCAAGGAAACUGCAGGCCGAUGCGCUGUACAAGAAGGGCACGAAUGGCAUCGGCACGUACGUCGCAGCGAUUGAGGGUAUCUUCGUGGCAGAGUACGAUAACAUCACGAACAUCUUCCCGCGGGAGGAAUGGAGCUCCGUCUGUGAGGCGACCUGCCAGGAACCGUUGGGCGAGUUCAGCAAGACCCUGCGUGAGCUGAACGGGCACAUUCAGAAGAACUUGCUGACUGACUGCUUCUUGGGAUACGAGAUCUGUGGCAUGGUUAGGCGCCUAUCUAUUCGACUGCAGGACACGACAGGAGCUCUCAAGGGGCAAAUCUACGACAGCGUCAAGCCGGUGCGGGAAACGUCGAAGAUGUCUAUGGGCAAACUCCUCGACGAUGUGAGAAGCAAGACACAGAGUCUGAUCGCAUUGCCGAUCGAUGGCGGAGCGGUGCCAAUUACUACGGAAACAAUGCGACGUCUGCAGGAGAUGACUAACUACCUGGAGCCACUGUCGUCGAUACUGGCAUCACUCGGAGAAGGAGGCUGGAAUGCUGGCUCGGCGAGCAACUCGUCGACUACUUUGGAUGUUGGCCCGGAUUCUAUAAAACUGUUCGGGCAGUAUGCAGCUGACACCAUCGACACGCUGCUGUCAAAUCUUGCCGCAAAGGCUAGGGCGCUGCUCAAGGGCAAGAACCUGCAGGGCAUCUUCAUCGCGAACAACGUCGCGAUCGUCAUACGCAUGAUCCGCUCUUCAGAGCUGGCGCCCCUCUUGGACAUCAAUUCCAAAAAGAUGGUUGACUGGCGCAAGCAGGGCACGGCAAUGUACCUCGAGGCUUGGCGCGAGCCAUCCGGACAUCUGCUUGAUGUGCAGUACACGAACCGUAGCAAGGAACGACCACAGUCUGGCGGCCUGGACUCGGCAGCCAUUGUCAAGGCUCUCGGCUCGAAGGACAAGGACGCGAUCAAGGAGAAGUUCAAGAACUUCAACACGAGCUUCGACACGCUGGUCGCGAGCCACAAGGGUUACGCCAUGGAGCCCGAAGUGCGCAAUCAGCUGAGCAAGGAAGUACAGAACAUCAUCGAGCCGCUGUACAUCCGCUUCUACGACCGGUACCGCGAGAUUGAUAAGGGUAAGGGCAAGUAUGUCAAGUACGACAAGAGCGAGUUGGUCAAGGCAUUGUCCAGCUUUGCAUAG